UUUAAAUAAAUAUGGGCAAAACAAAGCUAUACGUCUCUUGCAGACUAGAGAAUGUAGACAACUUGAGACUCCCAGGUGAUGACGACUGGUACUUCAUCCUCCAAUGCGGAAACUGUGGCAUGAAUACAGACACCGAAGUUUACUUUAACCCAGUUGAAGAAAUCGAAAUGGAAGGGUCAAGAGGAAGUGCCAACUACAUUGCCAAAUGCAAAAGUUGUGAAAGAAAAGGAUCCAUUUCUUUCAUCAAAACUGCCCCUUACCUCAUGAAAGAUAACGAAGAGCCCCAAAUGAUUGCUGAGUUCGAGUGCAGAGGAUGGGAAUUAGCUGAGUUCUGCCCAAAAGGAGGAUACAUCUGUCAAUCCACAGAGAGUGAAACAGUUUUUGAUGAUGUUGACCUCCAAGAAGGAGACUGGGCUGAAUAUGAUGAUGAAGGCGAUGUCCCAGUCGGAAUCUAUGACUUUAAAGGAUACUUCGAGUAAUAGCCACGGAUAAAAUUAUUCAAUAGAUUAACACCUGAA